AUGCAAAUCAACCAGAGUAUUGCUGAGGGUGCUCAGGCCCAGCUUGUACUUGCUACCAUACAUAAUGCAAAGCUACAAGGAGCACUGAAUGAGAAGGAGAAGGGAAAAGGAGUGGAAAAUGCCUGUGAACAGCUCAGACAGUGUAGGGAUGCAAAGGAGAAGGAAGAAAUGCAGGCCUAG